CGUGGGUAUUCCGAUUGGAUCGAGUCGCCUUGUCUUACAUCCCGAGUGAUCAUUCUCACGUCUGGGCAUGUUCCGCCUUGCCCGUGAAGGAGCCUCUUCGACCGUGAUCGACGCUCCAAACCGAAGCGAAGCUCCGCCGCCCGCACAGUCCCUCGGCGGAGCCUCUCGAGUCGGCCCGGAUGUCCGCAAUACCUGGCCUACAGCCAUCGAUACUUGCUCACAUUUCAGUUAUGGCCUCAGGCAUCACAGGCGCAGCGAAAAUGUAUGUAAAGGCCGCUCACAUUGGUACCGGCGUCAAGAGCAAGGUCACGUUUAGGAACUCGACACUUGCUCAAGAGAGACUGUCGAGAGAUAUCCUUGCGCUCGUGGACUCGAUGGAAACAUAGAGAGUGCGGAUAGUACAAUAGAUGACGCGCACUGUACAUUAGAAUGUCAUUCGAAGAAAGUAUUGCGACAUCGUCGACAC